AUGGGUGAACUUAGGAAGAUCCUAAUUUAUUAUUUCAUCCUACUGACUAAUUGCAACUGUGUAAGGUUCACAAAUAAGAGUUUCAGGUAUUCCAUGGCCAAUAAUAAAUACUCGAGUAACGAGCGUUUAUUGGAUGAAAGUGGUGUGUACUUUAAGAAUUUGCUAAAAGAGCGGGUUAAUACUGAAGGGUUGAGUGCCUCUGAUUUAAAGUAUUUUGAAAAUGUUAAAAAUCAGCUAGCAAAUCAUUACUCCUUAACUUUACUAAAUUAUGUCAACAAUAAGUUCAAAAACAUUAAUUUCCUAUUCAAUAGCAAUAGCACCGGUAACAAUGGUAAAACUGACUCCACUAACACAACUGAUAGUGAUAAUAAACUUGAAUCGACUAACAAAUCUGAUAGUGAUAAAGAAGUUAAUGAUGAACAACAAGAUCGCAAUAGUCAAAUGAGCGCUGAAGUUGAUAUGAACGAGAAUAUGGCUAAAUUGUGUAAAAUAUACGAAAACUCUGUAGUGAGUACUUUGCUGUUAUACUUACAGUUAACAGAAGACGCUUUGAGUAAGAGCAAAAAACAAUCGUUUGAGGAGGAGAGAUUGAGGGUGUUCGUCGAGCUGUACAAUAUUCUGUACAAUAAGAUUUACAGCGUAGUGAGUUUGAAUGUAAAUAACCUGAAGAUGUACUACAUAAAUUACUUCUUUGAGGACAAGAACACUAAGUCUGUGCCACUGGUGGUUGGAACCUACAGCAAGAAUCUGAACUCACUAAUACCCAACGUCCUCAAGUUUAAUAACAUUAACUCCCUCUUGAGCUUUUAUAACAUUAAGCUUAAGGUUAGCUCUGAAAAUGAGAACUUAAGCCUGAGUAAAAACACUUUGGUAAACGAGUUAAAAUUUAUACUAACAAAUAUUCAAAAACACGCUAAAUCGGACUCUGCUGAUAACGCUGGGAAGUCUGGUGCAAAUAAAAAUUUAAUGAAGGUAAUUUCAAACCAGCAAAACAAAAUCGAACAAUACAAUAAGUUAAUUAGCAAUAAAGCCGGCGGCAGCAGGCUAAAUUACGUCUUCACUUAUCGCAUACCGCACACCAACUUAACUCUAACUACCUCAUACAUCAAGUAA